AUGGUACGGCGGUGUAGACGUCGGUCUGUGCAGUAUGCGAGCUUUUGCGAUGGCUUUCUGAUUCGAGGGAAGGACAUCGAGGCAGAGUGCUUCCACCGCCAGUACUUUCAUUUCUAUCGAGCGCGAGUGAAGCUAUUGCAACAGCGAAUCCUCACAAAUGCUAAACAGCUCCUCGGUAUGUCACAAAUGGGCGUAUGCCACAACAGAAUUCCAUUCACUCGAAGCAGCAAAAGAUUUUUCCAUUGCUAG